AUGGCCGACGGCAAAGAUUCCCUCCGUCUAGCUCCUGAUGAAUUCAAGCAGCUCGAGGUUCUCCGCAACCGAUUCCAUCAACUCACUCACAGUUUGAACAGCCUGUUUAAUGAUAUCCAGCGAAGCCAGCCUCUCCCAAGCCAGGAGUCCCUCACAGCCUCAGCAGCCAUUCUCCAAAAGAGUCUCGAAACAAUCCAAAAGCUCGCAGACGAAAACUCCGAGUUGUUCCAACGCAUCGUCGUCCACCCAUCGACAAACUUCCCUGGGCGCACUCAGGAACACAUCCUUCUGCAACUACUCAGAAAGAAACUCGAGCCGGAAGUCGAGAGCUGGGUCGAAGAUGCGCGUAGCGUAGCAAGAGCCUCUGGCUUGGACCCGAGCAAACUGGCCAGCUCCCAACAAAGGAGCAACGACUACGACGAUGACGACGAUGACUACCGAGACGAAGAUGAGGACGCGCCCUCGGAUCCGUUCAACGAACAGUGGGCCGAUAUGUUUCAGGUCAGCAUGGACAGCAUUAGGGACUACCUCAUGAACCAAGCGAACGAACCCUAUACGAUCGCCGAGCGCGAGAUGGGCAUUGAAAAUGUACGCACCGGUUUGAAGCGAUCACUUGAGGAGGAGGACAGCGAGGAAGAAGACGAGGACGAAGACGAGGACGAAGACAGACCGCUUGCUACCGCUGGGCUCGGCAACAUCAAUGCGGCGAAUCUGUUCCAUCCAGAGCAUGUCCUCUGGCUUGCUUCGAGGGGCAAUAUGAAGGUCCCGAAGAAUGUUGACUUGGAGGCUAUACGCAAGAGAGAGAAACCUAGGGGGCGUCCGGCUCCCGCACAGUGA